AUGACUCGUCCCUCCGUCCUCACUGGCACGCUCCUUCUUACGGUUCUUUCUCUUCCGACUUUCGUUUCCGGCCGCAAGUUCGACGCCAGCCUGAUAGACUACAAUCUUAAUAGAAACCGGUCAGCCACAAGCCCUUACGACUACUGGGGAUCGCGUCAGGAUGAUGAACCCGACUUCAAGUAUGCUCCGUCUCCGGAAAACUGGCGGAUGCCAUUCUACACUAUCUUCCUGGAUCGUUUUGUCAAUGGCGACCCGUCAAACGAUGACAUCUAUUCCACUCCUUACGAAACCGACAUGAUGAGCACCCAGCUCCGGUUCGGCGGCGAUCUCGAAGGCCUCAGAGAUUCGCUAGACUAUAUCACUGGCAUGGGAAUCAAGGGUCUUUACAUCGCAGGUUCUCCUUUCGUCAACCUUCCGUGGGGUGCAGACUCGUACUCGCCCAUCGACCUGACCACGCUCGAUAAGCACUUCGGCACCAUCAAGACAUGGCAACAGGUCAUUGACGAAAUCCAUGCCCGCGGCAUGUUGGGCGACCUGAUCGGGUUCGAGGGCUACCUGAACGAAAGCACACCGUUCCGUACCGAAGAACAUAAAGUUCUCUGGAAGGAUCCGGAAAGGCGCUACUACGAUUUCGAUAUCGGCAACGAGUACAAUGAGACGUGCAACUAUCCGCAGUUCUGGCUGGAGGACGGGACUCGAAUUGACCCGCCAGGGCUCAAAGGUUGCUAUGACAGCGAUUUCGACCAGUAUGGCGAUAUCGAGGCCUUCGGUGUGUACCCCGACUGGCAGCGCCAACUCGCCAAAUUCGCAUCUGUCCAAGACCGCCUCCGCGAAUGGGAGCCUUCGGUAGCUGCUCGCCUCCAGCGCUUCUCGUGCAUGGCCAUCCGGAUGUUGGAUGUCGACGGUUUCCGUAUUGACAAGGCCGUUCAAGUCACUGUUGAUGCGCAGGCCGCGUUCAGUUCUGCGAUGCGCAAAUGUGCGAGUGAGGUUGGCAAGAAGAACUUUGUCAUCUUUGGAGAAAUUACCAGCGGCAACGACCUUGGAUCCAUCUAUCUCGGGCGCGGCCGGGAACCCAAGGUGGCCAAGGAACUGGAGAAACCCGACAAUGCCAUCGCCCUUGAACCAUCCAGUUCCGAUUCCUCUCGUUUCUUCAUCCGCGAGGCCGGGAACAGCGCGCUCGAUGCCGGCGCCUUCCACUACUCGAUAUACCGCUUCUUGACCCGCUUCCUCGGAUUGAGCGGCAAUCUUGAGGCUGGAUACGACUUGCCGUUGGAUUGGGUGGACGCCUGGAACCAUAUGGUCAUCACCAACGACUUUUUCAACCCUAACAACAACAAGUUCGACCCGCGCCAUCUGUAUGGCGUGACCAACCAGGAUGUUUUUCGCUGGCCCGCCAUCAAACUCGGGGUCGAGCGCAUGCUCCUGGGCUAUUUCGUCACCACCCUCCUCAUGCCCGGCGCCCCGCUGGUAUAUUACGGCGAGGAGCAAGCACUGUAUGCGUUGGACGGAACCGCUUCCAACUACGUUUAUGGCCGGCAAGCGUUCGCCCCGUCCCCGGCGUGGCAAGCUCACGGGUGUUUCCAGCUUACGAUCGGCCAGUAUAUCGGCUGGCCCAUUGAACAAGGGCGCCAUGGGUGCACAGAUCCCGGUGUCUCCCGCGAUCAUCGGGAUCCGUCAGCGCCUCUUCGCAACAUCUUCCGGCACAUGUUUGCUCUCCGCGACUCCUUUCCGGUGCUUGAGCAUGGCUGGUUUCUCCAGACGCUCUCCAAGCGCACCGAAUUCAUCACGCUCAAUGGCAGUACAACCCCGACAGAGUUCGGCAUCUGGAGCGUGGUUCGCGACAUGUAUCACCCGCUACAGAACGAGACCGAAACGCCAGUGUGGCUGGUAUACCACAACCGUGAAAAGUCUGCUUCGUACACAUUUGCCUGCGACGACGUGAAUGACGCCUUCGUCUCGCCUUUCGACGAGGGUACCGAAGUCAAGGACCUCUUCAGCAACGGGAAGUCCAUUCGACUAGAGGCUUCUCCGCGGAAAAACAAUUUCACGGGAACUGGCAAGAGCGCCGGUUGUCUCUCCAGCAUCGACCUCGAGCCCUUCGAGUUCCGGGCAUACGUGCCGGCCGGGGAAUGGGUGGCACCGGGCCCCAUGAUUACGAAGUUCGCACCUGGUCAUGAUGUGUCUCUUGAUUCGACGGAUGCAAAUGGCGAGAUCGACGGCAUUGUCAUCGAGUAUAACGUUGAGAUGGAUUGCGAUUCCUUCAAGGAUGCUAUGACCGCGGUGGUCACCACGGACGGCGCGCACAACGCUACCAAGCUCACCUUCCAGUCGCCGAAAUGCAGCACUAUCACGCCGGAGAAACGGUUUGGCUACACAGGAGAGAUUCAGUCUAGCUGGAGGUUGGAGACGAGCUUGAGGAACGUGCCAGAUGGCGUCAUCCAGAUCACCAUCGACAAAGCUCUCACCAAGGGUGGCAUUUCCACGAACACCACCGACCGUUUUCUCAUUCGCUUCGGCAGAAUCAACAACCCCGUAGUCUUCCCGUCUCUGGCCAACUAUUCGCGAACAUUGCUGGCUGGCGAAGAAGGGGAUAAUGUGUACAUCCAGCACAGCGCCCCUGGCGCCACGCAUUGGCGGUACAGCACGAACUGGGCGUCAAGUUGGAGCGAAUGGUUCCCCUAUGACUCCUCGGAUACGAGGCCUGUGGUUCCCAAGUUGAAGUGGGACGGAACGGACCUGCAGAAAUGGACGGGUACGCAUAUCCAGGUCCAGUACUACAGUAAGCCGCUCGGCUCCUCGGCCUUCAUCCAACACGCCGAUAGCAACGACGUUCAGUGGGAGAGAUCACUCCCCCAUAUUCGUAUUCAUGGCCCGUAUAACAAAUGGGGAUACGAUUCCGGUUUGCCUGGAUCCAUGGACCUCAUCUAUCACCACACCUGGUCUUUGCACUUCAUGUACGAGUGGCCAGCAAACUUUCAGCUCAACGUCUGGGGCAUCAAUCCGGACAAGCAGCCCGACGUCACCGCCAUUUUCGGAGAUAUCGACGGAGACGGCGUGGUCGAUCGUCUGCCUCCCAGCAGUCUGGCAAAGAACGUCAUCAACAUUACGAAACCGCCACCCAUGCCGGCGCUCGCUUACAAGCUCGUUUUCGACGAUUCGGCCUUCAAGUUCAGGUAUGAGCCUGCAGGCAAUAUGGGCCUCCAGAUCGUGAUUUUCGUCUUGCUCGCCGUCCUGCCAGUCAUCUUCGCCGUGCUAGCCGGGUGGAUUUAUGUUCGCAGCUUCUAUCAAGUCAAGGUCAACAAGUCGGGUUUCACUCGCAAGGGAUGGAUGCCCCUGGGGCUCAGCAGCAUCUCCAUGCUUGACCUCAAAUCAUUCGGCAAAGGCAGCGUCGAAAUGAAAGCCAUGACUCCGUCGCCGGCCCAGAGCGCCGCCGCCGUCGCCCCUGUUGGUGCCACCGGCAGCCGCCGCACCGUGCUCAUCGCUACCAUGGAGUACAACAUUGACGACUUCGGUAUCAAGAUCAAGAUUGGUGGCCUAGGCGUCAUGGCCCAGCUGAUGGGAAGCGCGCUCUCUCAUGUCGACCUCAUUUGGGUUGUUCCCAUGGUGGGCGAUGUUGACUACCCGACUGACCGCAUGACCCGGGCAGAAUCCAUGUUCGUGAACGUCAUGGGGCAGCCCUACGAGAUAGAGGUCUACUACUACACGACCAAAAACAUCACCUACGUCCUCCUCGAUGCCCCGAUCUUUCGCAAGCAGACCAAGGCGAACCCGUACAUCGCUCGCAUGGACGACAUCGAGAGCGCCAUUCUGUACUCCGCAUGGAACAGCUGCAUCGCCGAGACAAUCCGUCGGUUCCCGGUCGAUAUCUACCAUAUCAACGACUAUCACGGUGCUGCCGCUCCACUUUAUCUCCUCCCGCGGACCAUUCCCUGCUGUCUCUCUCUUCACAACGCCGAAUUCCAAGGUCUGUGGCCGAUGCGAACGCCGGAAGAACAGAAAGAGGUCUGUGACGUCUUCAACCUGUCGCCGGAAAUAGUCAAGGAAUACGUACAAUACGGCUCAGUCUUCAACUUGCUCCACGCCGGUGCCAGUUACCUCCGGAUCCAUCAGCGGGGCUUCGGCGCAGUGGGCGUGUCCAAAAAGUACGGUGACCGCUCUCUUGCACGGUACCCCAUCUUCUGGAGCUUGAAGAAUAUCGGCCAGCUCCCGAACCCCGACCCGUCUGACACGGCCGAAUGGGAUCCUACCAAGGACGUCUCGAAGCAAUCCAAGGACAUUGAGAUCGACCAGGCUUUCGAGGAGAAGAGGGCCGACCUCAGACGCCAGGCGCAAGAAUGGGCCGGCCUGGAAGUUGACCCUACCGCAGAGUUGUUUGUUUUCGUCGGUCGCUGGAGUUUGCAGAAGGGCGUGGAUCUCAUCGCCGACAUCUUCCCCAGCAUUCUGGAGAAGUACCCCAAGACGCAGCUCAUUUGCGUCGGCCCGGUUAUCGACCUCUACGGUCGGUUUGCGGCUCUGAAGCUCCAGAAGCUGAUGGAGAAGUACCCCAAGCGAGUGUUUAGCAAGCCCGAGUUCACCCAGCUGCCGCCGUAUGUCUUCAGCGGCGCAGAGUUCGCUCUCAUUCCCUCGCGGGACGAGCCUUUCGGUCUGGUCGCUGUUGAGUUCGGUCGCAAGGGCGCGCUGGGCGUCGGCGCACGCGUUGGAGGCCUCGGCCAGAUGCCCGGCUUCUGGUACACGGUCGAGUCCAUGACGCCGUCCCAUCUCCUACAGCAGUUCAAGCAGGCCAUUGUGUCAGCUUUGGAAUGCAAGCCUUCCAAGCGCGCCCUCAUGCGCGCCUGGAGCGCCAAGCAACGCUUCCCUGUCGCGCAAUGGGUCAAGCAGCUGGAUGAACUGUACAGCGAGUCCAUCCGGAUCCACCACAAAGAGGCGAGAAAGAAGAAGCUCGAGGCACUCAGUCCCAGCAGCCCAAAUCCGUCCCGGCCGCCGUCCCGGCUGUCAUCCCGGCCGCCUUCCCCAACGAGCACGGCCACGUAUGUUGACCAUGGGUCCUCGGCACUUAGCCCAGGGCCAGAGACACAUCUUAUGCCACCACACUCGUCCGCCUCGCCGGCACCAAGGGCAAUGUUGAGCCCAGACCUACCAAGUCCCUCGGCUCCGUGGGUGACAGGCACGGCUCCCAGCUCGCCCCGUGAUUCCGCCGCAAGCUCCAUUGCAGGAAGCAUCUACGGGAAUGCCACGGCAAGGGAAAGCACCAUGAGUGUCGACAGCUUCGGUGUUCGGGCACAAAAGGAUGGCAUGGACUCGCCCAAUUUGACCCCAAACUUCGGGCUGGCCCCCCCUCGAGCCACUGUCGGACAGAGCCACCGCAACAGCAGUCUUCUCAGUCUCCCCGACGUCGUCGGCGAUAGACACGACCUGAAGCUGCAGCAGGUUGACCAAUUCUUUAACGACUCCAAUGGCGAGUACUAUGCCAUGUUUGAGGAGAUGCUGGAGUCUCUGACCGCGUCCAACUCGGCCAACGAGCUGUGCAUCGAGGCGUUCAUCAAGAAGAGCGAGAAAGAAUGGUUCGCCAGAUACCGGGAUGCCAAGCUGGGCAGGCACUCCAGGAUCGGAAGCCCAGCGAACAGUCGGCCGGCGUCAAGACAAGGCUCAGGGAGGAACGAGUCUGUUGUCAGCCGCGGCCGCCAACGCCACCGGAGCAUAACGCCAAGCAGCCUCGCCAGGUCCGCCUUCGAUGUCUCGCCCCCGCCGAACGACGUGGACGACGAGUUCCUGCUGGGCGACGGCUACCAACCCCCAACCGGAUUGAAGAAGAUCCUCUCCAUCCGUCUUGGCGACUGGCCGCUCUACUCCUUCCUCCUCGCUCUUUGUCAGAUCAUCUCGGUCAGCUCGUAUCAAAUCGUCCUCCUCACGGGCGAGACAACCCAAACACCGGAGAAGCUCUACAUGGUCGCGGCCACGUACAUAGGAACCUCGCUGCUCUGGUGGGCGAUGGAGCGGAACUUCAAGUCCGUCUACCCUCUGUCUCUACCGUGGUUCUUCUUCGGCUUCGCCUUCCUGCUGAUCGGCGUCGCGCCCUUCAUCCCCGACUGGCGCGUAGCCAACAAGAUCGAGGACGCUGCCACCUGCUUCUACGCCGCCGGUGCCAGCAGCGGUGCGCUGUCGUUUGCCCUAAACUUUGGCGACGAAGGCGGUGCGCCCACCAAGCAAUGGAUUACGCGCGCUCUGAUCGUUUCGGGCUUCGCCCAGGUCUACAGCAUCGGUCUCUGGUACUGGGGCUCCAUAGUAGCCGACACAGACCCGACGGCGACCGUCUUUGUCGGCACCUCCAAGGUACCGCAGGCAGUCGUCAUAGGCGUGCCCAUUUGCCUCCUGUGCUGGGCCAUCGGCGUCGUGCUCUACCUCGGGCUGCCGGACUUCUACCGCCAGACCCCCGCCACCAUCCCGGGCUUCUACAUUUCGCUGUAUCGCCGCAAGGUCGUGCCGUGGUUCUUCGUCAUGAUCAUCCUGCAGAACUACUGGCUCUCGGCGCCCUACGGCCGCAGCUGGCAGUUCUUGUUCAACACGCAGCACGUUCCCGGCUGGGGCAUCUUCCUCCUCGCGCUCGGCUUCUACUGCGGGCUGUGGGCGCUGGUGCUGUACGCAUUCUCGUACUUCUCGGAUGAGCACACCUGGCUGUUGCCCAUCUUCGCCAUCGGCCUGUGCGCCCCGCGCUGGGCCCAGGAAUUCUGGGGCACCAGCGGCCUCGGCUGGUACCUGCCGUGGGCCGGCGGCCCCGUGGGGUCGACGAUCCUGUCGAGGUGCCUCUGGCUGUGGCUAGGUCUGCUAGACAACAUCCAGGGCGUCGGAAUCGGCAUGCUGUUGCUCGCUACGCUGACCCGGCAUCACGUGUUGACCGUCCUGAUCGGGGCGCAGGUGGUGGGAAGCGUGUUCACUAUGCUGGCGCGCGCGACAAGUCCGAACGCUCUCUCGCCGAACACGACGUUCCCGGAUUUCUCUCAGGGUGUCAUGCCGGGGAUUGCGAGCCCGUUCUUCUGGGUCUGCUUGAUCUUCCAGCUGAUCAUUCCCAUCGGCUUCUUCAAAUUCUUCCGGAAGGAGCAGGUUUCCAAGCCUUAAUCAGUCCUCGUUUGGGUGGCGUCCUGGGGCGGUUGGUUGACUUGAUAGACCGUUUAGAGCUUGUACGUAGGUCCAUAUAUAGAGACGAUGGUAUAUUAGGUAGCAGGCAUAUCUUGGCGUCUUUGAACGGAAUAUAUAUACAACUUAAUGAUUGAUUCUAU